AUCUAAGCUUCUUCUUCGGCGAAUCGACGAAGGGACGAGCCAACCAGACUUCUUCUCUCGGCCAUAGCCGGCAGAUUUGAGAGGUUCAGUGAUGGUGUGGAGAAGAAGCUAAUCUCCAGGAUUCCUAUGAUAAUCGGUGUUUUGCGUGACGGUUUGGAGAAAAAUCCGAUCUCCAGGUUCCGUACUACAAUUGGAUUUCAGGUGACGAUUCUUUCUGGGAUUAGUUUGUUAACUCUGUUUUCUUCCUUUCAUGGUUUCGUUCUCAUUCUUUCUUCUUUUGGAGGGUUUCUUCGUCCCCUUUCCGAGGAGGUUGGGUCACCGAGGUAUAUUACAAGGAUUCCGAUGGUAAUUGAUGUUCUGCCGUGCCUUAUCCGUACCCUUAUGAACGAGCAAAAGCGAGCGAUGGGUCGCCGGUAUGUCAACGGAGUUUUUGUCAACUUCCUAUUCCACUGCAGGUUCCUUAUUCUAUAUAGAAAUUGACAG